CAUAUUUAUAACGAGGGAAAUUGCAAUCAUUUCAUAAUUAAAUAUGGAGUGGAAACUUUACAUUACCGGUUUUGUGAGUAUAUGUUGCCUUUGGUACGCCAACGCAGCUGUCAACUGUACCGGCAACGGACGAUUUCCACAUCUAGACGACCCACUAUGCAAAUCAUAUUACAUGUGUGUAUAUCUACCGUGGAGUGGAAGCUAUGUACAUUAUAACUAUACUUGUCCAAGCACAUCCCUGUUUAAUCCCACCACAGCGCAAUGCACGAGUAAUUACACCUGCAAUAGGGCGACUUGCACAGCAGUGGGCCGGAUUCCUGAUCUGUCGACAAAUUGUUCCGGUUAUAUCGAUUGUAUUUAUAUAAACGGUGCAAUCUUGGAAAAUCGAGUUAAAUGUCCUGGGAACAGUUUAUUUAAUCCGGCUUCUCGAGAUUGUGAAUUUACUUUUUCUUGUACACCUGUGUGCUUGGCGGUCGGUAGAUUCCCCGAUACAAAAGUUCCUGGUUGUAAAAAUUAUUAUAUGUGUAUCCGACUUGGUAAUGGUACGUUGGUGUCAUAUACUAAUUAUACAUGCCCGUCCAUUUCUGUAUUUAAUCCAAACACACAGGUGUGUACUACAAAUUACACUUGUACUACGUAAGAUUUAUGUUUAGACGCAAUUAUUUUAUAUAAGGCGUUAAAAAGUAUAUUAAUGUCACUCUUCAUUGCUUUACAAAAUCAUUAAGCUGGGAAGCCUUAUUGCUUAAAAGUAAUCACUUCCAAACAACCAUUAAACAAAACAAAACAACCAUUUCCAAAAAGCAUUAUAGGAAAAAUAUAUAAUUAAAAAACAGCAACUAAUAUUAAAUGACAUACAAAUAAAGAAAAAUAAAUAUAGUCGACGAAAAGAUAAUAAUAUGCAUAAAACACGAUAAUGAUUUCUGUUUUAUGUUAGGGGUAAAGCGUUUGAUAAAGUCUGCUUACAGCAACCGCUUAUAUAGUAACUAAGUUACAAUUUUUUAUCAAGAGUCACGGAGAUGUUUUUACAAUUAUUUGUUACCAAUAAUUUAUAUUAUUAAUGUUAUUUUAUCAGCUUCAAUAACAUCGUUAUCGUUUUCAGUUAAUAAACGUUUAAUGAAA